CGUAAUCGUGAGGAUACGAUGGACGCGGGACAUGGACUGGCAGGCGACAUCCGCCAAGCAGUGGCAAACGAGCAGUUCGAUCUCGGAGGCUUUACAGAACCAAGAACCCAUGAUCUGAUCGUGGCAGCGUUCGGCACUCCCUUGACCGCCCCCACGGAGAUGAUUCGCUUCACGUUCAUCGUGGGAGGUGGAAAACUCGUCCGAGCGCGGUACUCGGAGCAGUUGCCCAAGUGGAUGACCGCUGCGCUUCGAGAAGUGGGAUUCGUGGAAGAUCGAUCGGCAGCCUGCACGUUGGAUUGCCAAGGCACGUACAAGCAGCAAAAGGACACGGGGGCCAAUUUGCUCACGAUCCAGGUGUUUCCUCGCUUGACGCUGGCCGUGGGCACUGGCGGUGAAGACUUGGAGGACAAACCAGCGACGGUGGACGUGGAUUCCCCCGAGUAUUUGUGCAUUUCCAGCGACUUGGAGACGUUUCAGCGCAUGAUCGUGCCGGCCAAAGCGCGGUCAUGGGUGCAGAAGAAGCGCUUUCUCAAGGCACUUCAAGGAAGCAUGACGGCGUUCCAGCACUUGGAGGAGAAGCUCAUGCGCGGGGAAGCGCUUAUGCCCGUGGAGCAGCUCAUGUACGACGGCAACAUUGGGCUCGAAGUGAACACGGAAAAGUGCGUUUGGCUGCAGGGCGAGAUCAAGCGGAUGGUGGACGAAGGUCACUUGACCAAAGCGGAAAAGGACGAGGUUAUUGCCACGUUGCAGCAAAACUUGGAGCACAUUGCCGAGGACGUGGACGCGUCGUCGGGCAAGAAGAAGGACAAAUUACUGGAGAAGCAAGCCACGAUCCAAGCAAGACUGGCGCUGGUCGAGUCGCAUAAGGCGAACGUGGUGUACCGGCUACGGAAGAGCGCCGAGAUCGUCAAGUUGCGCGUCGAGUUGCUCGGGGUGCUCGCGCUGCAGGAGAAGGAGCGCAGCUUGAGCCUGACGUCAGAAGACAUGCGGAAAUUAGAAGGGCGGCAUGCGCUGGAGAGUGCCAUCGCCGACUUGGAGGAGCAGAGUCGCGAGUGGUUUGACGACGCCUUUGAGGCCAAGUGCGCGUUGGACCAGAAGGACGCGGACGCAUUGUACAAGAAGAAGAAGGCCAAGUCUAGUAGUGGAGGAAAAAGUACUAGCGGGUCGUCUAGUAGUACUAGCUGGGCCACUGUGGGCAAGAAGAAGCCCGUGUCCAAAGCUGCCAAACCCAGCACGGCCAAAGGCUCGGGCUUUGCAGCCGCGUUUGGAAACGAUUCAGACAGCGACUAACAAUCCGCGGGCCAAUGAGAUUUUAGACAUAACCCACUCCAAACCUGUACAUUUUCAGACAAAAUUAAGCGUAAUUUACGCACGCUAAAGUGUACCGAUAGUAGAGUUCUGG